AUGCAGAUCAGCCAGCGAAGCAUCCACCUGCUGUGCAGGGCUUGCACGUUAGAUGGUAAAACUUUUUUACAAAACAAAAGAUACGUAUCAGUGCUAGCGAACGAAUUGAGAAGUGGCCACAUAUUUCUUCACAAUGACAAGUAUUGUGAAGUGACUGAUCAGAGGCAGGUCAAGCAGGGCCGACUAGCCACAACGAACAUGAUCUCCUUCAUCGACCUGAGCACGUUAAAGAGUUCGUCAGCUAAAUUCGCAUGCCAGGCGAAGGUGGAAAAAAUUGAACCGGUCAAAGCAAAUGUCCAGGUACAGUACACGGACAAGCAAAAAAAUAUUGUCGUCUGUUUGGAUGAAAAUUAUGAAGAUAUAGAAAUACCCAUGAAUAUAUUUGCCAUUUCGGAGGAGUACCUGCAGCCUGGUUUGCAAAUAACGGUGUUCAAACACGAAGACAAAAUUGUGAAGGUUAAUUUGCCUUCAUCGUUGCUGGCGACACUGCGCAAGAAAUAA